CAUUACGAGACGUUACUCGCAGUAUUACUUCUGCUCAUUCUAUCGUGAAUAAUGAUACAAAACAUUUGAAUAAAUUAAUUACUUCUGAACGUGGAGUAUGGAAUUCCUUUAGCACUUUGGCGUACGACCAGAAUGAGGCCGCAAAAUAUUUGUCAGUUUGGGGAAAAAGUGAAGAUAUCGACUUAAGUGAUGUAACCGAGAAAUUGGGAUAUUUGAUUACAAAGUUAGCUGAAGCCGAAGGAGUAUUAG